AAUCUCUUAAACUUUGUUUUUCAAAUCUCCUAUAUUCAAAAUGACUACAAACAAUUGGCCUAUAGGCCAAUGGACAACAGAUCUCUUUGAUUGUUGGGAUGAUCCUUCUCUUUGUGUGAAGACUUGCUUUUGUCCAUGCGUUACCAUUGGAGAGGUCGUUGAGAUACUUGAUCAAGGCACUACAUCUAAAGGACAUGCUUGUCUUCUUGCUUAUGCUAUGGGUUCCAUUCAUUGUGGAUGGAUUUAUGGGAGGAGAUAUCGAAGAAAAUUGCGUGAAAUAUUUAAAUUACCAGAGAGUCCAUAUGCAGACACUUUGAUUAGUUGUUGUUGUUGUGUUUGUGGUAUUUCUCAAGAAUAUAGGGAACUCAAAAAUCGAGGUGUGGAUCCAUCCCUAGGAUGGGAAGGCAAUGUUGAGAAAUGGAAACGAGAAGGGGUAACUGUGCCACCAAUUCCUACAUCUUCCAUGACUCGUUAAUUAAUUAAUUAAUCUCAUCUGUUAUGUAAUUAAUAUUUAAUACAGUGUGAUUAUUAUUUGUGCCAUGAGG